AUUUUUUUUUAUUUUUAAUAUUUAACUUUCACACAUUAAAGUCCAAUACAGCUAAUGAAAGACACAGAUCUUGUGAAUCCAGCCAACAUGUCCGAUUUUUAAAAUGUUUUACAGGGAAGACACAAUAUGUAAAGAUGUAAAUCUAUUAGCUAAACACAUUAGCAUAAUCCACCAUCUUUUCUUUGUCCACCAACACCAGUAGCUAUCACCAAUUCGGCUAAACUAAGAUAUUGAUAGCCACUAACCAAGAAAAAAGCUCAUCAGAUGACAGUCUGAUAACAUAUUUAUGGUAUGGGAUAGGUUUUGUUAGAAAAAUGUGCAUAUUUCAGGUAGAUGUCAUAGUUUACAAUUGCACCCACCGUCACAAAUGGACUAGAAUAAAUACAAUGAGCAACAUGUUUACCUAACUACUAAUCAUCAAACAUUUCGUAAAAAUACACAGCAUACACUAAUCGAAAGACACAGAUCCUGUGAAUACAGACAAUAUUUCAGAUUUUCUAAGUGUCUUACAGCGAAAACACAAUAAAUCGUUAUAUUAGCAUAGCACAUGUGCAAACAUUACACCAGCAUUGAUUCUAGCCAAAGAGAGCGAUAACGUAAACAUCGCCAAAAUAUAUACAUUUUUUCACUAACCUUCUCAGAAUUCUUCAGAUGACACUCAUGUAACAUACAUAUACAGUUUGUUCGAAAAUGUGCAUAUUUAGCCACCAAAAUCAUGGUUAGACAAUGAGAAAAGUAGCCCAGCUGGUCAGAAAAUGUCCUGCGCCACAUUAGACAGUGAUCUAGUCGUAUACAUAAAUACUCAUAAACGUGACUAAAAAAUAUAGGGUGGACAGCGAUUGAUAGACAAUUUAAUUCUUAAUACAAUCGCGGAUUUACAUUUUUUUAAUUAUCCUUACUUUUCAAUACAGUUUGCGCCAAGCGAAGCUACGUCAAAAAAGAUGGCGUCCUAAGCCAUUAACAUUUUUCGACAGAAACACGAUUUAUCAUAAUAAAUUGUUCCUACUUUGAGCUGUUCUUCCAUCAGAAUCUUGGUCAAAGAAUCCUUUCUUGGGUCUAAUCGUCUUUUGGUCGAAAGCUGUCCUCUUGCCAUGUAGAAAUGCACAUUGCGUUCGGCAUGAACUGGAACGGUGCCCAGAGAUUCACAGUAUCUCAGAAAUAAAUGUCCCAAAAUCGCACUAAACGGAUAUAAAUUGCUAUAAAACGCUUUAAAUUAACUACCUUAUGAUGUUUUUAACUCCUAUAACGAGUAGAAACAUGACCUGAGAAAUAUAACUGGCUACACUAAUGCUUGGAAAAACAGUAGGUCGGUGUCCUCCGCGCGCCUUACGCACCUAGAAAAGAGUUCCUACCUACACGUGUUUUUGUUUUAUAGGAGCUGUGAUUGGGCAAUCGAUACCAUUCAAAGCGUCAUCACGUAAAGGCAUCCAGGGGAAGACUGUUUGGAAUAUCAGCAUAUCCAUGGAGGAGAGGGAAGAAAGACAAGAGCCUGCAACAGGUUCGCACUUUGUGGGCAAGAAGGAGGACCUGAUAAAAGCCAAGUGGUCGUUCAGGACCGUGGUGGGCCGGGACAUACUUGUGCUCUAUCACCAGGAGAUAUUCUACGCUCUGGACUUCCACUGCUACCAUGCUGGAGGACCAUUGCAAAAUGGAGACAUAGAGGAAUUUGACGGCAAACUGUGCAUUGUGUGUCCAAAGCACAAGUUCAAGAUCUCUCUCGCCGAGGGGGAGAGCAUCUAUAGGGCCACCAACCCCUAUGACCCUGUGCCGACACCAAGGUGGUACUCCAAGGGCAUCAAGCAAAGAAUCCACAUAGUGACCGAUACCGAUGGGGGUGUCUAUGUCACACUGUCCCACGUGUCCCGUUUUAUCGAGUCUGAUUACUUCCAGGGAGAGAAGGGCAAAGUAGAGAGAGAGAGAAUGGAGGCCGAAGAUGCCGCUAAGCAAUAGAUUUUUAGCCUAUUUAUUUCACAAUUUAAAUUGUCAAGGGAAUGGGAACAAUAGCAAAACCAUGGCAUAGUCUGUCAGCAGGCCAAGCUUCCUACAGCCCUAGCCCCACCCAUUGUUGCAUGGUCAUGGUGAUGUUAUUUUAGUUUGCACUGAUCAAGGCACUGUCCAUGGUAGGCUACUGAAUGUUUGUGCCUGGGGCUAGUAAACUGCUGUUGCAGCCCUCCUGGCAGCUACAUGCUUAAAAAAUUAUGUUCUUUGGCAAUCUAUACUGAACAAAAAUAUAAACGCAACCAUUUCAAAGAUUUUACUGAAUUACAGUUCAUAGAGGGAAAUCAGUCAAUUGAAAUAAAUUCCUUAGGCCCUAAUCUAUGGAUUUCACAUGACUAGGCAGGGGCGCAGCCGUGGGUGGGCCUGGGAGGGCAUAGACUCCCACUGGGGAGCCAGGCUUAAUCCCUGCGGAGUCAGGCCCAGCCAUUCCGAAUGAGAUUUUUCACCACAAAAGUGCUUUAUUACAGACAGAAAUACUCCUCAAACACCCCCCAAAUCCUCUAAAACAACGUUGGAGUUAGCUUAUGGUAGAGAAACAAACAUUUAAUUAUCUGGCAACAGCUCUGUUGGACAUUCCUGCAACUGAGCAAGAGGACAAGUACAUUAGAGUGUCUGGUUUGAGAAACAGACACCUCACAAGUCCUCAACUGGCAGCUUCAUUAAAUAGUACCCGCAAAACACCAGUCUCAACGUCAACAGUGAAGAGGCGACUCCGGGAUGCUGGCCUUCUAGGCAGAGUUGCAAAGAAAAAGCCAAAUCUCAGACUGGCCAAUAAAAAGAAAAGAUUAAGAUGGGCAAAAGAACACAGAGUUCCUCUGCCCAGUGUCUGUGUUCUUUUGCCCAUCUUAAUCUAUUCUUAAUGUGCAUUUCUUUCAAUAAAAAAUAACAUUUCUAAGUGACCCCAAACUUUUGAACGUUAGUGUACAUAUGAGAUGAGUAAUGCAAGAUAUGUAAACAUUAUUAAAGUGACUAGUGAUCCAUUAAAUAAAGUGGCCAAUGAUUUCAAGUCUGUAUGUAGGCAGCAGUCUCUCUGUGUUAGUGAUGGCUGUUUAACAGUCUGAUGGCCUUGAGAUAGAAGCUGUUUUUCAGUCUCUCGGUCCAAGCUUUGAUGCACCUGUACUGACCUUGAUUUCUGGAUAAUAGCGGGGUGAACAGGCAGUGGCUUGGGUGGUUCUUGUCCUUGAUUAUCUUUUUGGCCUUGAUUACCGUGGGUGAUGAAGCCGCUUGCGCUGCCUUACGGAAGACAUCAUCCGUCUCCUGAAGAUAGUGGCAUUUAACUACUAUGGGUCUGGACAGCUCCCCAUUCUUCAGUGCGGACUGUAUGUUUCUGUCCGCAUGGUCAAGGGUGGGGGCGUAAUCGAGGCCUAGACUUUCCUGUAAAAGUUUAGCUAUGGACAGGCUAGGCCGCAUUCCGCCUACGGUCUCGAGUCCCUCUCUCAUGCCGAAAAUGUGACCGUUCCCCCGGCGCUGUCUGUUCUCGAGGUCCUCAACCUUGGAAGUGAGUUUGACAACAUCUGAUGAUAGCCGGGUGACUUGCUAUUCCAGUGUCACCACUUUGUCGGAGUAAAUAUUUGUGCCAUCUUCCAGGCUAUUCAGACGGAUGUCAUGUCUCGCUUCCUUAACAGAGUUGAUCUUUAUGUUGACCUCGAUGGCGAGAAUAGCUAUUUGUGUGGAUAGGUCAGUGAAUAGUGACUCCACCUUAGCCAGCAGUCUGUUCAGAUUGAAUGAUAGGCGCCAUUACCAUGGCUUGGUCGGGGGGAUCAGAGUCCAUGUCAGGUGAGCUGAGCUGUAGUCAAUGAACAGCAUUCUUACAUAGGUAUUCCUCUUGUCCAGAUGGGAUAGGGCAGUGUGCAGUGUGAUGACGAUUGCAUCGUCUGUGGACCUAUUGGGGCGGUAAGCAAAUUGAAGUGGGUCUAGGGUGAAAGGUAAGGUGGAGGUGAUAUGAUCCUUGACUAGCCUCUCAAAGCACUUCAUGAUGACAGAAGUGAGUGCUACGGGGCGAUAGUAAUUUAGUUCAGCUACCUUUGCCUUCUUGGGUACAGGAACAAUGGUGGCCAUCUUGAAACGUGGGGAAGGCUGAGGGAAUAACUAUAUUGUUUGUAUUCGGCCAUAUUCCCAGUCACCUUUCCAUGGUUAAAUGUGGUGGUUCACGCUUUCAGUUUUGCGUGAACGCUGCCAUGUGGAGAUCAUCUGUUCACCUACUCUGCGUCUCACAAAGACACGACAGUUGGAACAAAACAAUCUCAAAUUUGGACUCAUCAGACCAAAGGACAGAUCUCCAUUGGUCUGAUGUCCAUUGCUCGUGUUUCUUGGCCCAAGCAAGUCUCCUCUUCUUAUUGUUGUCCUUUAGUAGUGGUAUCUUUGCAGCAAUUCAACCAUGAAGGCCUGAUUCAUGCAGUCUCCUCUGAACUGUUGAGAUGUGUCUGUUACUUGAAUUCUGUGAUGCAUUUAUUUGGGCUACAAUCUGAGGUGCAGUUAACUCUAAUGAACCUAUCCUCCGCUGCAGAGGUAACUCUGGUGCUUCCUUAGCUGUGGCAGUCCUCAUGAGAGCCAGUUUCAUCAUAGCGCUUGAUGGUUUUUGCGACUGUACUUGAAGAAACUUUCAGUUCUUUAAAUUUUCCAGAUUGAUUGACCUUUAUGUCUUAAAGUAAUGAUGGACUGUUGUUACUCUUUGCUUAUUUGAGCUGUUCUUGCCAUAAUAUGGACUUUGUCUUUUACCAAAUAGGGCUAUCUUCUGUACACCACCCCUACCUUGUCAAAACAUAACUGAUUGGCUGAAACACAUUAAGAAGGAAAGAAAUUCCACACAUGAACUUUUAACAAGGCACACCUGGUAAUUGAAAUGCAUUCCAGACUACCUUAUGAAGCUGGUUGAGAGAAGGCUGUCAUCAAGGUAAAGGGUGGCUACUUUGAAGAAUAUAUUUUGAUUUGUUUAACGCUUUUUUGGUUAGUACAUGAUUCCAUAUGUGUUAUUUCAUAGUUUUGAUGUCUUUACUAUUAUUCUACAAUGUAGAAAAUAGUAAAAAUAAAGAAAAACCCUUGAAUGAGUAGGUGUGUUCAAACUUUUGACUGGUACUGUAUAUUUUAGUUCAGUGUAGUUUCAAGCCCAAAUAAAUGUCCCUAUGAUGUGAUUAAGACACCAGGCUUCCAUUUCCCUGCCAGGCUAUAGCCUAUAGAAUAGUGCAAUGCCAGGCUAUAGUCUAUAGAAUAAUGCAAUGCGAUUUCAAAUUCAAACUAAAGAGGUGACAGUACACACAAAGAAAUCUUGGUUUCUUUGGGAAGGGUGAUGGUUCAAUGUGGAACCAUAAUGCCUCAAAUAACCCUUUGAGCUCUUCAAUCGUGCUUAGCAGUCCACCAAAGGGUUUUUACACUUUUUGUGAUAAUUAAAAUGUAGGGUGGGCGGCUCAUUAGAAUGUUUUGGAGCGUGGUUUACUCAUAGCUCAUUCCGGUUGAUCUAAUCUGUUGUGUUAUGCCAUGACAUAUUAUAUAUGACUAUGACCAGUGAAUGGAAUUGUGUCAAUUGUGAACGGUUGACUAAAUCAGUCAGUGGUUCUCAAUGACCUCCUCGGGGACCCCCAGCUGUUCCAGAGGUAGCUCACUUGAUUCACCUUAACACAAUAAUACCACCUAUGGAAUUUUAACAAUAUAAUAUGGCUGUCCACAUAGGUGGAAAUCCCAGGGGGGACGGGGGGGACACGACCCCCCCCAUCUUGGGAAAAAUAUGAUUUGUCCCCCCCAAUAUAUCACUGUAAACAUAACUAUGUAAUUUCAAUAAUAUUAAUAAUACGCAAUGAAAGCACUUGUGCUGAUUAUAGACACUUAAUAGCGCAUUUAAAUUUCAAAAGAUUGCGACCCCCCCCGCCCUUUGCCUCACAAUGGUUUGAUCCACUGCCAGUUCUUUAGCUGGCAAGGUAAUAAAGGGUUCGUAUCUACUGUUCGAAAGGGACAUGUACGUAACUGACGUGAGGUUAAUCCAGUCAAUCCAUAGCAGGUCCAUAGCAAUGUUAUUUAUUUCUUUUUAUGUUGGCAGGGUUCACACACUAGUUGAAUUUGCAGAGCUAGCGCGCAAACUAAAGCAAACAUUAACUAUCAAGCUAGCUAGUACCUAUUCCAUUUAUGUGGCGUCGUCAAAGAUGGAAUCUUUGCUAUCGUCAGUUUAUUCCAAGAUCAGCAUGCAGCUGUAGUGCUUCGACGUCCCUGUGAUAAGGUUAGCAAUAAACUGAAGUCCAAACUGAACAGAA